CGUUGGGGAAGAUGGGGGUUUGGUUGAUGAUAGGAAGUGCGUAAUGCUUUUCCGAAUUUUAAAAAGAUGGCAGGAAUAAUUAAUGUUACAAAGACUUUAAAUAGUAUGUGUAAGAUCUUUUCGUCUAUGUCGGUAACAAAUUUGUUGAAAACAAAAUAUGUUCCAAGAAGCAGUUCUGCAGUAUGUUCAUGCUUAUAUUUCCAUGGAACUGCAGUGAAACAUGAUUUAAUGGAGUUUUUUGAUGAUAAAAAGAACUGGGGAGAAAGUGAAGUUAAAGUUGGCAGAUCAUGGAAGAAGGAAGAACUCCGAAUCAAGAGUAAUUCAGACCUACAUAAAUUAUGGUUUGUGCUGCUAAAGGAAAAGAACAUGCUGCUUACAAUGGAACAUGAAUGCAAAGAACAAGUGGAACUGUUCCCUAAUCCUGAGAGAAUAGAUAAAGUGGAAGAAAGCAUGAGUAAUUUGGAAGCUGUUGUGAGGGAGAGAAAUGAAGCUUACUUUAUGCUGGAAACAGGACAGACUGGUGAACGACCAGUCUGUAGAAGAAAGGGUUCUGUAGGUUUGAUGUACUAUCAGCUGAUGAGUGAGCACAUUAUACCACGUUUCAUGAAUAAGAAGUGGCAACAGGACUAUAAAUCUUAUGGUCAUACUCGUGAUUCCAGGGAAUUUUUGAAGCUUUACAGAGAAAAGUUGUUUCUUGAAAAGAGAAAAGCUCGGAACCGGGAACGCAACCAUGUAAUGGGACUCAUGAAGAGGUUCCCUAACUUAGAUUUGCAAGCUGUGAAGGAGCAGUUCCCUUCUGUAGACAUUGAGAAGAUACGCUACCACAAGAAGACUCGUGGUCAUCGUGAGAAUAUCUGCUGACAGAUUUAUAAUUUCAUUGUACAGUGAUUUCACUAUACACCAUACAUAUAUGAUAGUUGCUGUUUUUAUUUAUUCAACCUGUAUUCCAUGUUCUGGGGAACUCUUCACUCGUUUUGGUGGGUUGUAAAUUUAUUGCAUAUGUUUCACUGUGUCAUAUAUGUAGUAUAUAUGAGAAAGCUGAAAAGAAUUGUUCUAAAAAUU